GAGUCUUUCUAUAUUUAUGCUUUGCAAUAUGUACAAUACGUUUCAAGAUUUGGGAUGGCAUCAAGAACUUCAGCUGCCUUAGAAAUACGAAAACUAAGAAAAAAAUUAAGACAAAUUGAAAAUUUGGAACGAAAAGACGGGGACCUACUCGAUGAAGAAUUGUUAAAAAUAUCAAAGAAAAGGUCAAUUAGAGAUAAUCUUUUACGCUUGUUGGCAACAACAGAGGAUGUUGAGGAGAGUUUUGAAGCCUCAACACAAUCAAAUGUGACAAAUAACAGCGAUGAUUCAAAAGAGCCUCCAGACCCUGACAUGUGUACCAAUGUGACGUUGGUGACCCCUGAGGAUGUGGAGGAUGACUCCUAUGUGGAUGUGGAAGGGCUGGAGGUGGAAAUCAGUGAAGAAAUCUCGACACCUGAUCGCACUGAGGAUAAUAUACCUGUUGAGAAGGAAUUCAGUACAGAUGAUGCAUGUCUAGUACAAAACCAAACAAAACUAACACCCGAAAGAGAAACUGAGAUAGAAAGAAACAAUCCAUACCAUGUAUCUCAAAGGACACCCCUUAGAGGAGACAAUGUGUCUGAUAGUCAAAAUCAACAAAAGGAAAAGACAAAAUCAAAGCAGUCCAAAAAGUCACACAGUCAGUUAGAUACUGAAAACACAGCAUCAGUUUUUGAUUUGAGCAACUGGAGAAACAGUGCAUUUUAUGUGACAGAAUUAGAAGGUCACAAUGACCUAAUUACAUCAUCAGACAUACAAGGAACCAUGCUAGUCACUGCCAGUCGAGAUACCACGGUGAAGGUAUGGGACAUGAAGGAGAUGAGGGAGGUCAGAAGUUUAGGGGGACACACAGGGGGUGUCAAUGCAGUGGUCCUCAUUCCAACCAGCUCCUCCAAUAACAUCUGUAAGAAAGCCGGAUUUCCAUCCACAAAAGGACAGCUGAUUCUCAGUGGUUCUUCAGAUUGUAGCUUCAAGUUGUGGUGCAGUGCCACAGGAGAGGUUCGGCGAUCAACCUACACCUUUAGUCCUGUGACGUGUGUGGGCUACCACAACAGUGCAUCCAUCAUCAUAACAGGCUCAGAUGGAGGAAAACUUGAGACAUGGGAUGUGCAAUCCAGCAAAAGUUUGCAGAGUUUGCGUGCCUUUGCAGACAGUGUGUCUGGAAUUCAGAUCCAUGAAACCCAUGUGUUUGUAUCUUCGUUGGAUGGGAUCAUCAAGGUGUAUGAGGUCAACGGUCAGCAGUUACAGUGUGUCUUUGAGUCUGAGGGCACCAGGUCAACAGACGGAUCGGCCCUCUGUUGUCGGGGGAUACGGGGAAUGACCAGCAGCAAUGGACUUGUUUACUAUGGCGAUGAUGGGCCCAAUGUUAAAGCUCUGAACUGGAAGUCAGGUCUUGUCCAUAAACUUGGCAAUCAUAAUGAAGAAUUUGGAAUCACAGACAGUCUAGCCUGCUGUGAGGGAUUGUUAUUAGCCUCGGCCUUCUGCCUCGACAAAGGACUUGGAUAUAUAAAUGUCAGGUCUGCUGAAGGAGAGAAAUACUUUUGCAGUCUUGAUGAUGAGGAGACGGACAGAAUUAUGUCUAUAUGUUCUUCCAAACUGUCAGACUCGUGGGUUAUCAUUUCUGCAGGUGUCCAAUUGAAAGUCUGGAACCAAACUUCAAAUGCAAGGUAUAUCCGCCCCGACGCCAGGCGGGUUAAGCCGUCGUAUUAUUUGGGGCUUACCAAAUCGCCACGGCAUUCGGAUGUCGAGUCCGACCUUGAAAGUAGCGAAUCGGAAUCGGAAUUGGAAUCGUAUGACCUUAUUGAUGACGAACCUGGUGCACCAAGUCCAAGCUGGAAGUCUUGGUGUGUCGUGGUGUAGGCAGCCCACUAAUGAGUAGGACUGGGAAGCAGAUGUUUGCUCAGACUUAGACUACAUCAUCUGCAAAGAGUCGAAUGACUUUAAAUAGAGACCAAUUUUGCAUUUUGCGGACAGAAAGACUCUAUUUCUGUUACAGGAAUGACAUUAAUCACUAAUGGUCCAACUAAUCAUUCAGAUUUUUGUAUCAGUAUUUUCUUGGUAUUGUUUCUGGUAACGUUAGUUGAAGAAGACUAUUACUGAUAUAAUUUCAGCAUAUGAAAGCUUUAAGACUACUGCAUGUUUCUGCUGUCCGUUUAUUUAUUCUUUAUGAAUAUCCUCGGAUCCAGAAAAUACAUGUAUAAACUUGUUAAUUCGGUAGAAAAUGUAUGCUGACUGGAUGGUUAUACAGAUUUCAUAUUUGCAAAUUACUUUGUAUUUCCAACUUUGUUGGGGGAGGCCGGAAGCGAUUGUUCAUCGUGCAUCGUACUUUUUGACCCUCUGCCUGCACUGUCAUUGUGUUUGUUACAUGAUAUAGACACGUGCUCAGCGUGCAUAAGUCCGUUAAUAAAAAAACAUUGAAUCAAACAA